GGUAGCAACAGUUGCCUCGAGACCCUGUGGCGCUAGUGACUGUAGCCGUGGAGACAGUUACUUACCAACGGGCGCAACACUCAUCAGCAGCAGCAGCAUCUGGAAGUCGCCGAGCGAGUGGGGGAGAGGGCAGAACUUUUCUCAAAGCAAAGCUUUUCCAGAAUGCAGAACUCCGAGGGAGGGUCAGACACCACAGCUGGUGUGGCGGCUCUGCGGACAUCGUCAUCAGCCCAGGCUCCUGUGGUCCAGCCGGUACCGGCCUCUCAGCAGAGGGUGCUGGUUCAAGCCACAGGCUCAGCUCAGAAAGGAGGACAAGUACAGCAGCUUUCAGUAUCCAGGGCCCAACAGGCCCCUCAGCAGCAGGUGCAACAUGUCUACCCAUCCCAAGUCCAGUAUGUAGGAGAAAGUGGAGAUGCUGUUUAUACCAACGGAACGAUCCGAACAGCCUACUCCUAUAACCCUGAGAGUCAGCUGUAUGGGCAGAACAGUGGGGGGACCUACUUUGACUCUCAGGCCGGUGGAACUCAUGUCACCACGGUGGUUUCCUCUGCCAGUAGUGGCGUGCCCCCCCAUGGCAUGGUUGGCAUUGCCAUGGACGUGGGCAGCACCUACCUGAUCCAUAGUGGAAGCAUGGAGGGAAACCGCAACCACAUAUCGCACUCGUCACGCUCCUCCUCGGCUAUGCUUGAAAUGGCGAUUGAAAACCUCCAAAAGUCUGACGGAAUUGCGAGUCACAAAAGCAGCCUGCUCAACAGUCAUCUGCAGUGGCUGCUGGACAACUACGAGACGGCGGAGGGGGUGAGCCUGCCCCGCUGCUCGCUGUAUAACCAUUACUUGAGGCACUGUCAGGAACAGAAACUGGAUCCGGUCAAUGCUGCCUCCUUCGGGAAGCUCAUCCGCUCUGUCUUUAUGGGCCUGAGGACGCGCCGCCUUGGAACCAGAGGCAACUCAAAGUAUCAUUACUAUGGCAUCCGGGUGAAGCCGGACUCGCCCCUCAACCGGCUGCAGGAGGACACCCAGUACAUGGCCAUGAGACAGCAGCCGGUGCACCAGAAGCAGAGGUUCAAGCCUCUGCAGAAGGUGGAUGGCAUGUCUGACAGCCUGUGUGGGAGCUCUCAGCACUGCAGCAGCACUCCGGAGCAGUCCAUAGCAGCUCAGAGCCAACACCACCAGCAGUACAUCGAUACGUCUCACUCCUUGCCUCCGUUUCCCUCUCCCGACCUGGGCUCCCUGUCUCUGCCUGAGCGCAUCAGCAUGAGGGAUAUCAAGAAACUGCAAACACUCUACAGAGGCCACUGCGAGGCCACUUUGGACGUGGUGAUGAAUCUCCAUUUUCACUAUAUUGAGAAUCUCUGGCAAACCUUUUGGAAUUCAACACCGCCACCUAGUGAUGGGAGCACAACCAUCCCCAGCAGUGACGAUGACCUCGAACGUGUGAUUCCCAAUGAGAAGCUGAUUGCUCUGUGUAAAUAUGAACCUGUCCGACUAUGGAUGAGGAGCUGUGACCACAUCCUGUAUCAGGCCCUGGUGGAGAUCCUCAUCCCUGAUGUGCUGCGUCCGGUUCCCAGCACUCUCACUCAGGCCAUCCGAAACUUUGCCAAGAGUCUGGAAGGCUGGCUCACAAACGCCAUGAGCAGCUUCCCACAGGAGAUUGUUCGCACCAAGGGGGCGGUAGUCAGCGCAUUUGCUCAGACUUUAAGACGAUACACCAGUCUGAACCACCUGGCCCAGGCAGCUCGAGCCGUCCUCCAGAACACGUCCCAGAUAAACCAGAUGCUCUCGGACCUCAACAGGGUGGACUUUGCCAACGUCCAGGAGCAGGCUUCCUGGGUGUGUCAGUGUGACGAGAGUGUGGUUCAGCGUCUGGAGCAGGACUUUAAGGUCACCCUGCAGCAGCAGAGCUCUCUGGACCAAUGGGCCACCUGGCUGGAUAACGUCGUCUCUCAAGUUCUGAAACCUCACCAGGGCAGCCCCAGUUUCCCCAAAGCUGCUCGCCAGUUCCUGCUGAAGUGGUCAUUUUACAGCUCUAUGGUGAUCAGAGAUCUGACCCUGCGCAGUGCUGCUAGUUUUGGCUCCUUUCACCUGAUUCGCCUGCUGUAUGACGAGUACAUGUUCUACCUGGUGGAACACCGCGUGGCUCAGGCCACUGGAGAAACUCCCAUUGCAGUCAUGGGAGAGUUCAGUGACCUGAGCUCCAUGAUGCCAUCACUCAUGGAGAAGGAUACAUCAUUCUCAGACGAUCUGAGUAACCUGGGCAGCGAGGCAGAUACAUCCAGAGGUCCCGCUGAGCCGGCUGUAAAGAGGGAAAGGAUUGAGAUGAGCCACCCUCUGCAGGAGAUGUGAGACCAGUCUGACCAGUGUCUUCGUCAGGAGGGGUUCCUUCUCCAGCAGUCGUGUAAAUAGAGAAGAGUGUUGUAGCAGCAGCAGCAUCAUGAUCAUCAUCAUCAUCAUCAUCCCUCCCUUCUGGAGUUUAUAUAGAUGCUUUUUUUCCCCUUUUAAAGACUCACAGGGUAACAUGGAUCGGAUUCUUCUGUUUUUGUUGGAAUUGUUAAUUUCCUUUGUACAGUAACUUUUUAUCAGACAGAUAAUUGGAGUGGUGGUGUGUGUUGUACGUGAUUCAUCUUUUUUGUUUUUAGCUGUGCCAUGGUGUCCUUUUGAGUGCCUUAGAUUUUUAACUCCUGAACCACCACUACAGUGUGUGUGUCUGCCCUUCAGCUGUGCCUCUACCGCAGUAUGAAUGUAUCGUCUUCAAACCUCAAACAUUCAAAGCACCUUUAACAUCGAUGGGGUGUUGGUGCGGUCUCCUGGUUGCCUCUUCAGCUCGUAGCAAACGUGUGGGAAAAGGUCAAAGAGAACAGGAACACGCAGCCUACAAACCCAAAGGACUUUUCCCUUUUGUCCUUCUCACCAGCUCAGCUGAGUUUCCUCUGCGUCUGGCUGCAGGACCUCACCAUGUGGCAGGAAGCCGGGUAACUCGACUGUUAGAUGUUUGUUUACCUCAAUAUUUCUGCUCUGAUGACAGGAGGCAGGAACAUUUUAUAAAAAGCCACGGCUCUUUUCCAUGUCCCUCCUGAUCUGGUGUCAGCUGGUGGAGGAUCUGUGAGCUGCUUUACUGGAGCAACCCCAGACUAAUCACCGUAAUGGAGACGAGAUCCUAAAUACCUGUUAGAGCUUUAGACCCGUGAAGCCAAAACCCUCCAACUAAAAGAGAAUCUGACCUUUGACCUCAUGCUGUUACUCAGAUAAAGUCUUAUAUUCUGUGUAAAUCAAAUAGAAAAUUCUGUGUCAUUUGGGAAAUUUGUGGAUAAUAAAUUAUAUAUACAUAUAUCUUUAUAUGGUGUAGAGAGUGUGUGCUUUGUGGCCUUUCCCGAAUCCUCUGAUGCUGUACUUGUCAAAAUAAACACUUUGAUUUGUAACCAAUUCAAUUUGUUUCCAAUCUGAACUGUUAAAUGUGGAAAAUUUAGUUGUUACAGUUGACGUCGCUGCCUUCAGAAAGCUAAACAGUCACAAUAAAAGUCCUAUUUAUAGCGACUAAUCUGAUUUGACGAUGUCAUUUGUUUGGUUGUUAUUUUUUUUUCGCCCUCUGAUUUUGCUGUAGCAAUGAUUUAUUUAAGGCUUUGUGUAACUUGUGCCUGUCACAGUAAUUUGCCUUAAAAGUGCUUUGAAAAAAGUUAUUUGUAAUGUUUCGUAAGGCCGUUUUAGACUUUGGCGGAGGAAUAUUUUUAUUGAACUAGGCUCUUACAAGUAUACUGAACCAUUAUAUGUGUGUAUUUCUAAACCUGUUCUCGACUACACUAACUGGCCUAAGGACAGAUGAUGGUCUGUAAUAAACUACAUAGUUCAGCUGUAUUUUGUAUUUGGUCACAAUGUGUAAUAAACUGUUGUAAACUCAAA